AUGGAUCAACCUCCAUUUGCUGCUAAAGAUGAGCUUUGUGGCAAGCUUUACAUCGUCCCGAAUCAACACUCAAUUCGGCGACGACCUACUCCUGCACCCUCGAUGUCGCAGGUUCAGAAGACCGCGACAGAGAAGAGCUAUCUUCCUGGUCAGCCGCGCAUUACAUUUCAAGACCCUGCUAUCGGUUCAUACCUCGAGUCCGAACUCGUAACUAGGGACUUGGACAGGCUUGCUCCACACCUUUGGCUAGUCGCCAAACAGGACAGCUCCCAUAUAUCAUCCCUUACGCAUCAGAUUGUGCGAGGCCGCGAGAUCAUCAUCACAGAGGAGCCGGGGCUCCAUCUCGUCUGGAUUUACGAUCGCGUAUACAUCAAACCAAUACCCAAAUAUCUCUUGUCACAUGCAUUCUGGGAGUUCUACCUCACCGGUAGAGACUCGCCGAUACCAGAACCACUGCGACAGGAUAUCGCAAGGGCGGCUUUUGGAUUCUUGAGAUCAUACCUCUACCUCAUACGGCACAAGUCAGAUUUCAUCCUAGCCACGGACGAGAAGCUCCGCUUGAUACCUAAGGAAAUCUCCUACACCGAAUUUGUCAAGUUCGUUGUGAGUUUUGAGAAGGUCGAGGACAUCAGCGUCUCGCCGCGCUGGAGAUUCGGGGAGCUGCGGCUAACUCGACUCAAUUUCUGGUCCAAGAUCUUUCUUCGACGCUUCGCCUAUCACAAAGUUCACGGGCAGUACGGCGAUUAUUUUGCUCGGUUCUAUGGUCCGAUACUGUUCGUUUUCGGGAUUUUCAGUGUGUCGCUGAGCGCUAUGCAGGUGGCAUUGGCAGUUCAACCCUUCGUUCAGCUGGGACAGUCAUGGAUAACCUUUGCCAAAGUCUCAAGUGGGUUUUCAAUACUUACACUGGUCUGUGUGGUCCUCAUAGCGCUUUCCUUCUUGUCCAUGCUAGUUGCGCUCUCUUUCCGUGAAACUAUUUUUGCAGUCAAGGAUCUCUUUCGGAAAAAUACAUUGAAACCUCAGAAUGAUGUAGAGGGAAGUGUUUCUUCAAGUAAAUCAGCAUAA